GAUGUAAUCCAAGGAAAAACAUUUUGGGUUGAUCGAAAUUGAGGCUUUGUGCGUGCUGCUCCCCCUCCUCUCUUCAGCUACAUGGACGCAAAGAGCAAAAUGGCCCAUUAUCUUCCUAAGUGCUGGAUUCUUGUCAGCAGCAUUUUACCGCUUAAAUUACAGCAUGUGAAGGCACAAGCAUACAGAAGUGGAACAUGUCUUUCUCUGCUCAGUAAAUGCAUGCAAUGAAUUAUUGGUGCAGUCACUGCCCCAGCAGACAUCAAGCUUUCCACCAACACACAGCCUGGUUAGCACCCUGUUGGGUCUAUGCAGACCACGCCCACGAGUAAUGUGCUUAUCCAGAAGAGAAUUCAGGCCACUUCUAUUUUAUUUAUUUAUUUAGGAUCCACCUUUGCUUUCAGUAACCUGGGAGAGGAUAAACAUCCCUGCUUAUGCAUACACGCUUCACCACUACUGUCAGAAAGAGGGCACGUGCAGCGUGAGCCCCCUCCCUCAUGGUGCCAGAAGCCAUCAGCUGAGACACCUCCCCAUUGGUAAACACCGGCCAAAGGGCGGCGGCCAUUUUGAUGACCCCCUGGCGAGCAGAGGGCCUGCAUGAGAGCAGAGCUCUUCCCGGGGACCUGACAUAGCGUCCACCAAAUGUCGCCACUGCCCGGGCCCUUCCCGCCUUGGGGCAGGAGGUGGGGCAAGGACCCGCCCCUGCACGGCACCUCCUCUUGUAAUUGGUGGCUUCGGAAGCGCCCUUUCUUUUGCUUCCAAUCAGAGCUCCGCGUCCGUUGCUAAGCGACCGUUUCCAGGCAGCAGCUACCGCCGCCUCGGAGAGGCGAUGGCCGCCAUGUCGGACGGGUGGCGGGACGUGGCCGGGGUACGCAUCGUCCCGCCCGAGCUGCGCUUCACCGCCGCGGUGCCGGGGCGCCGAUACCGCGCCGCGCUCAGCGUCCAGAACCUGCGGGCGCAGAGCUGUCGCCUCCGGCUGCUGCCGCCGCGCCGGCCCCAGUUUAAACUGAUUGUGGAAAAUCCAGAAAACCUCGUUGCACCUGGACUUCAAAUCAAAGCUUUUGUGGAAUAUUAUCCUGAGAUUGAAGAAGAUCUUCAAGAUAGCCUACCUCUUUUAAUAGAAGAAGACAUAGUUGAUAUCCCCCUGGUUGGGUUAAUUCCAUCCUGUUAUCUGGAAACUGAGCCAGAGGUUGAUUUUGGUACAGUGGUUGCAAGCAGUAAAAUAAUUAGUAAAGAGAUUAGUAUUGCUAACCAUGGAUCAUUGUCAGGUACAUUUAAAAUAUCAUAUACUGGGGAUAUUCUGCUUGACAUAGAACCUACCAGUGGAGUGGUAGAGCCCAAAUCUUUCAAGGUGGUUAAAGUGCAUAUCUUUACAGAUGUUCCAAGAAUCAUCAACGAAAUGAUAAAAGUGGAGACGGAAGGAUGUAGCUCCAUGGAAGUAUGGAUCAAAGCUGUUGUUGUGGAACAAGUUCUUAAAGUUCUAGGACUGCCUUCUGAAAAUGUAUUGGAAUGCAUUAAUUUUGGACCGGUUUAUUUUGGGUCUUCAAAGACUAAACAAAUAUCUUUACACAAUGAUAGUCCAGAGUGUUUGGACUGGGUAGCAGUACUGGAAGACAAUGCUAUUGGAGGGGAGAUGGGAACAGAUAUACAGAAGAGUGCAGAUGCUGUUUUACAAGAUUUAAGCUUAAUAAACAAAACAAGGGAUUUAGAUGUUUCCACCUUGAUUUGGUGCAUUCCUGAUCAGGGAACCUUGCCUCCUUAUCAAAAGUCCAUGGUUACACUGUGCUUUUGUCCAAAGAAAUUUAAAGGGGCCUUUGUAGCGAAUGAUUCACCACCAAAACAAGAUUAUCUAUUGUUUCUGAGAUUUGAGGCUGCUGGUAAUAAAGAUCUGCAGACCCCCAGUGAUGGUACCACACCAAGUACAAAGAAUCGUCCGAAUAGCAUGGAAUUGGCUGUGACAGGUUCUGCUCUUCCUGUCAUGUUAACUUUUAAUCGAGGACCUGUAAUUAAGUUUAUGGACUGUUACCUGGGUGAACAAACACAAGUUUUGUGCACACUAAAAAAUGAAUCUGAGUUCCUUCCAGUAAAAUUCAGUUUCCGCAAGACUGCUCACUUUAAUAUUUCUCCUGAAAAAGGAAAAAUAAAAAAAAGUUCUACUAAGGAUUUGAUAUUUUCAUUUUCUCCACAUCAGAUUGGAAUAUUUGAAGUGAAGCAGGUUAUUGACAUCAUUGGUAGAGAACUAGAGAAAAAUAAUUUACAACUUUCAAAGACAAAAUCUAUUCACCAAAUAUAUCUGAGCUUUAUUGGUGUGUGCAAAUCUAAACCAAAAGCUAUUUUAUUCAGAAUUAAUCCCGGUAUAACACCAAUGAUUACCAAUGCAACUGGACGGUUUGUAGCUGAUGACACAGGACAGUGCACUGAUGUUGCGCCUAUGGCAAUACUUAAAUCAACCAAAACACAAAUUCAUACUCAUCAAAUAAACAGGAAUUGUAAGGGGGAUGCACUUAUAGCUUUUCCUAAUGACCGCUCAACCAGCAUUAGACCUAGUGAACGAAAUAAAAAGUACAGGACUAUUUUUACAAAGACUGAGAGAUAUAAUUACGUAGAUCCAGAGUUUUCUUAUACUGACUGUGAACUGCUGUCAAAGGAAGUACAUAAGGAAUACUAUGCAGAUUUCAUUUCUAGUUUAAGGCAGCAUCGCUUACAGAAAGAUGCCACCAGACAGCUUUAUAUUUAUAAUAAUUCUGUGAGCAUAGAUUUUAGACCAGCGGAAGAGAUUAUGUUGCCAGAGAUCUCAGUCGCAGGUUUUCCCAAGGAGAAGCUACAGUUGAAAAUGCAUUCUUCGGAUGAGAAUUGCCUAUUAACGAGUCAAAAAUUGGCAGCAAGUGCUUCAAUCAAGGAAAUUUGGAGUGGGCUUAAUUCUGUUCCGUCUUCUACUCAAGAAAAGGAUGAUUGUAAUCUAACUUUGACACCCAAACAGCUUCAUCAAAUACUAAUUGGUCCUUCUACUAUGAACUUUGGUGAUGUUUGUGUGCGCUCCACAACUGUCAGAAAACUGCAUAUCAUCAAUAACUUGUUGGUUCAUAUAUGGGUACAAACUAAGAUUGAAAUUGAUGAAUUGGAGAUGUUGGGUCCAUUGUGUCAGGUGGUGCCUCCUCUUACGAAGACCUCUGUUCCAAUAGAAUUUGAGGCAAAAUUCUGUGGAGUGUAUAAAAAAUCUUUCACUUACACAAUAAACAACAAACAUCCUGGGCAUGUGCUGGUUAUUGCAAAUGUAGUGCCUGUUGAACUUCAUCUGUCUGCAAGAGAAUUGAUUUUAAACCCAGUUCCUAGCUACAUGGCAGAGACAGAAUUUAGAACAACAGUCAGAGUAUGCAAUCCAGGAAACUGUUCUGCUGAUUUUACUUGGAAACCUAUAACUACACAAAAAGGAACUGCAUUUUCUAUACAGCCAACCAAAGGCUUUGUGGAACCCUAUAGUGACCUGGAGUGUGAAGUUGUUUGGCAUCCAGGAUUCAACUCUGCAGAAGCAGGAGAAUUCAAUUUAUGUGUGCGUAAAGGAAACACAACUAACUUGAAAUGUUUUGCAAAGCUUGGUCCUACAAAAGUUCGAUUUAUGGAAAAAUGGGUACCGUUCAGUCACUGUGCGUUGGCUUUACCUACUUCUAAGACUGCUAUUCUUUGUAACGUUGGAUACAAUCAUGCCUACUUCCAAGUUCUUGAUUCAAAUCCAUUACCUGGAAUGGUGAUCACCCCUUCUGAAGGAGUGGUACCUGUGGGAGGCCGUACUGAUCUCAAAAUCAACUUCAUUCCGAAUGCAAAAAUGAACUUUGAUUCAAGAGUGGAGGUAGCAAUUCGAAACUCUGGAGUACUAACGCUUAGAAUUAGUGGAUUUGUAGAUACCCCUGAAAUAAAGAUUGAUGUGGAACAAUUUGAUUUUGGUGGUGUUUAUGUUGGUUCUACAAAAUCAAUUCCAUUUUUACUGCAGAAUGAAGGACAAGCACGUACCAAAGUGGUGUUUGAUUUUUUGAAGUAUAAGGAUUUUAAAUUUGAUGCUAACAACCAGACAGAGGUUGACAGCAGUUCUUCAAAGCCUCAUUUGCAUUCAGUUACUUUACAGGGAAAGUCAUCUCUGCAGUGCUCAUUGUCCUUAACACCAAAAGAGGUGGCGGCGUAUAACUUCAUUCUUCCAGUUAACACUCGUUGGUAUGACCUUCCAUUGCAACAGCAACGCUCUGCAUCUGCAACUUCUGUUGGAUUUGUAAAGCAUGUCUUUUCUCCACAGCCACAGAGAGUCACUGUGGCUAUUCCAAUCUGUAGAGUUAAAGCAGUUGUACUUAAGUCACCACUGGAGUUCUCCUCAAUGGAACUUAUAUUUACACGGCAUUCAAGUGGUAGACGUUCGAAUAUUCUUGAUGAAAGUCUGGAUUCUCAGAAACUUGAUUUGAAGAAUAUCUCAAGGCAACAAUUGACAUGGAAGUUGAAUUGUGAUGAUGCAGGCAAAAAUGUUGAAGACAGUGUUUUUAAAUUUAGUCAGCAGACGGGAUUUCUUGAUCCGGGACAAAAAAUCAGUAUUACUGUGUUCUUCUGCUCUUCUUGUCCUGGGACUUAUACAUCAGAAAUGUCAGUGUGUGUAAAUGAUUAUCCGUCACAUUACAAAGUAACAUUGUCUGGUACUGUCAAGUCACCAAAAUUACAUUUUGAUCCUCCCUUCCUAAUGCUGAUGCCAGUUCCUCUGGAUGUGAAAACUGAAACGGCCAUCAAAAUUAUUCCGCAAGAUUAUUUAAGGAAAUCAAGAAUUCAGGUUGAACUUCCAGAGCUUGAACUUGAAGACAGUGACAGGAUUUCCCCUUUUUCUGUACAGUUCCCAGAGGGACAAGAUAUUGUUCUUUCAUCAGAUGGCAGAAAUAUGGAACUAAUUUGUCAUAUCAGCUUCAAAUCAUCAACUCCAGUGUCAUUUUCAGGGAAUAUAUUUUUCAUUGAUAAAGAUGAAAACAGGUUUUCACUUCAGGUUGCUGCAACAGCAGAGAAUUGUCUUCUUACUAUACACUCAUAUUUGGCUUCGCAUUGCUCUGAACAACAAAUUUCUUUGAUAAGCAAUAAAGACCGCAGUAGUGGAGAAGUUGUUCUGCAUCCAUUUUAUUCUCCACAAUCAUCUUCCUGUAGUAGUUCCUCAAGUUCCUUUGGUCCAGCUGCUGAAGCAUGUCAUUCCUGGUCAGAUAUUGCUCCUGAAAGGGAUAAAAGUGCUGGGAAGAUGAGUGAAGAGAGUGAAGCUGACAGUCAAAGUGAUGGGAGAGAAAAUGAAUCUGAAUUAUCAUUUUUUCCUAAUGAGGACAAAGAAGAGUUCAUGUUUCGGAAAACUAUAGCUGCUGUCCAGAGUUGGUUCACUCUCUUUGGUUGGUCUAAGGGACCAAAUCCUGUUUCAAUACCGCAUUCACUAAGACGUGAUGUCUGUAAAGUCGAAAUGACUUCUUCCCAAGAAAAUUUUUUUAAAGAAAAUCUUGACAAAGAUACUAUUUAUGACAUGUUGUUCCACCUGAGUGGACAGUUGUUAUCAGGCAUUACAUUGAGAAAAUCGUUGCCCGCUGAUCCAGUUGAACGAAUGAUACAGCUCUACUGGCAGCAUUCUACAUUGCUUACCUUCCUUAAAAGUCGAGGAGCAAGUCUUCCCCAUGUUAUGCCGGAAUACCUGUUUGAACCUGAUGAUUAUAAGAAAUGGACUAAAAUGCAAGCUGUGCUGCAGGCUCAUGCAGCUAACUUGAAAAAAGGAGAUAAGAAAAACUUAGUUAUGUUUAGCAACAAACAACUAUUAAUUCUGGAGGACAGCGUAUUUGAGAUGAUCAGCAAACGAGCUUGGACAGACGUGUUAUUGCAGGUGUACAAGGUGUUUGUUCUACCACGUGUUUCUUCACGAAAUACUGCUGAUAUGAUCAAUUUGGAAAACACGCAGAAUGUGCCAAGAAUAAACUCAGAAAUUUUAUCCAGUAAUAUAUAUUCUCCAUAUGAACGAAUCAUCCUCACUUGGUUGAAUAAAAAUUAUGAGAAUAAUCGAAAAACUGUGUGGAAAGAUGCUCAAAAAGGUAAAGUACCACUAAUGAGAUGGAUAGUAAAUUUUGACCGGGAUCUUCUAGAUGGUCUGGUAUUGGCAGCACAGAUGGCAGCUUACUGUCCAUUCUUGAUUGCUUCUCACUUUGUAAGGAUGUAUACUUACCCAAGGACUCCUGCACAUUUUCUGCACAACUGUUUGAUACUUGUGAAUGCUAUUCAUGCAAUCAGCCUGACUAUAGACGUAAAGGCCACUGAUAUCUGUGAUCCAAAUCCAAUCAUGAUGCUUAUUCUGUGUGUCCACCUAUAUGAAAACCUUCCUCAUUACUUACCUAAGAAGACUAUAGAAUUUACAGGUGCUCUCCAUGCAACUAUUGUUAAACAGAUUCGUCUGAAAAACCCGAGUGUUAAAACUUUGGCAUACACCGCUACUCUUGUAGGAAGAGAUGCUAAUGAUUUCUCAUUGCCUGAAGGAAACACUGUAAUCAUUGCCCCUAAGAGUCAAACAACUAUAAAUGUGGAAUUCACUAGUCGUUUUCUGCACCCUGCUGAAGCAGUAUUGCUGCUGACCUCAAAGAGAAUGGGUGGAAUAGGUGCUGCCACACUUACAUUCUCACUGAAAUCUGAAGUCAAGCAUAUUGAACCUGCUGAUACAUUAAAAUGCAAAUCUCCAUGUUAUGAGUUGAAGAAAGUUGUCCUAAAUGUUACUAAUCCCUUCAGAACUGAUGGCAUAUUCAGGGUCAUUUUGCUGGAAUCCACAAGUUACUUAAGUCAGCCAGAACAAGUACAUCAAGCCAGGCAAUUAAAACAGGAGCAAAUGUUCAGUGUGUUAAACUGUAAAAACAGGACACUGCCUGAAGAGCCAAAUGAAGUCAGAAACUUUAAUUGCUGUGUCCAGUCUAGCCUCCUGCCUGAGUUCUUCAGUCCCCAGGAAAAACUGUUCUUGGCAGGGAGAAGUUCUGCAGCCCUAGAGAUUCACUUUCUUCCAUUUAAUCUGGAAAAACGUUACUGCACUGUCAUUCUGGUUAAUGAAAUGAUUGGAGAAUUUGUAUAUCUUGUAGAAGGAGCAGGUGACAUACCUUUGCCUUCAGAACUGCUUCCAAUGGAUAGUCCAAAUGUUUUGCAUGUUAGCAGUACAUUAGAAGGUCCAAGUGCAGUAGAGCCAAUUUUAUAUUUGAAAUGUAGACUCGGACAGACUCUCGAAGAAAAACUCAGGAUUCCACUGAUCAAUGAAUCAAGAGAAAGAGCUCUGGCUAUUGCUGCUCAACAGCAGAUGUCAGCUAUUGAAUAUAAAAGAAGAAAGAUGACAGGAACUCUGGGUAGCAGUAGUGUCAGAGCUGCAACUGCAUUGCUAGGGCUGUCCAGAAUAGAGAGGUAUGAACUCUUAAAACCACGUCAAUUCCCUCCAGAGUUGAAGUACGUGGAUUACAGUAUACAAGUGAGCAUGCAAGAAUUCUUUGUGGUUCCUGAGAAGCUCUCUAUUCCCGUGUUGGCAUCUAGCAGAGUUAAUUUGAAAGAUCCUUCAGAAAAAGUGGUUUGGCCUGAGAAAAUAGGCAGAACUGAUGCAGUUGAGCUUCCUAUAAAAUUCAUUCCUCCGGGUCCUGGUUGCUACCACUGUCAGAUUCUCCUGAAGUCCUCAUGGGAUUUUCGUGUCUAUGUGAUUGAAUGUGUAGUGAAUACAGAUGAUGUUGAAGCAGAGAUUGAAUUUCUAACUCCAGCUUACCAGGCAGUGAUUCAGAAUAUUCCAAUUAGAAACAUGUCUAGCCAGGACUGGAAACUUGAAGCAGUUUUGGAAGGACAAGGCUUUUCUGGCCCUCCUUCAAUAAAUGUGGGUCUAGGUGAAAUAGCUCUGUAUCCUAUCAUGUUCAAGCCAAUUGCUGAGUGCUUAACAAUGGGAAAACUUAUUCUUCAAAAUACUACAGGUGGCACUGAAAGCAUCUUUAACCUUAAGGGAAUUGGGAAGAAACCUCUGGCACAGGAUCAUAUUGUAAUAGAUUGCCAAGUGAGACAAGUUACUCAACAACUACUGUGGGUGCCCAAUUAUACCAAGAACAGGUUAACAUACAAGGUAUCUUCAGAUCUUUCAAUGGUGGGUGGUGCAUCAGUUCUUACUGUGGAUCCAGAUGACAUAGUUCCUUACAGUUUGAGUGUAUCUCCAUGGAGGCGAGGAGUCUUUCAAGGUGUAAUUUCAUUUGUUGCUGAAGAUGAAGACCAACAGCAGUCACAACAUAACAGCUCAUUGGAAAGGACAGAUGGUGAACUGGCAUUUAAGAAAUGGUCAACAAAGACACCACAGACUGUUGGUGCAGCAAAUGCAGGAGGAAGUUCUUCAAAUUGCAAAGUGUGGUUUUCCUUAAAGAUUAACAGCAUACCUGCAGCACCUGAAAGGAAGAUAGAUGUGAAAUGCAGAGCUCUGGAUACUGUUGGAAUUCAUAUUCCUAUCACUAACCCUGCAGAUGAAGUUCUUGAGCUGAAUGUAAUGCUGGAGAAUCAGUCUCUUUCUGGGCAAAAAACAUUCACACUUUUGCCAAAACAAUUUAAUUUUUAUCAAGUAGAGUUUUCCUCAGCUGUUGUUGGCACUUCAUAUGAAAGUGUCAUAUUCCAAUCAGAUGUGGUUGGAGAGUUUUGGUAUGCAUUGAAGUUGACUGUAGAGAAACCAUUACCAACUGAUCUACCUGAGAUAGUAUGUGAGCUUGGAAAGUGGGUUCUUCUCUACAUACCUCUCUUUAAUCCUACACAUGAAACUCUGAAACUAGAAAUUGCUAACAGCAAUCCUAGCAAUUUUUCAACUGAGAUUGAUCCAAAGCAUCAUAUAAUUGUUGCUCCUCAUUCCACCACUGAAGUACCUGUGCAAUUCUGUCCAUCUGCCCUAGGAAGCGGAAAUCACAAGGCAUCAAUAACCUUCAGAUGUUCUCAGAUUAAAGAAUGGAUUUUUUACCUUUCGGGGAUUGGUCUUCCACCUCAGUUGAUGGAACCAACUACCAUAAGUGCAUACAUUGGCCAGGGUUCUUCUGUCAUCAUAACCUUCAAAAAUCCAACUUCUGAAAAUGUGUUAGUAGAUGUCAUGCUAAAAGAUCAGGAGCAGUGCAGCUGUUAUCUCAGUGCAUCUGUUCUUUCUGAGUCAACCAGUAAGAAAUCUGCUUUCCACCUCUUACUCAAAAAUACACAAGGAAACCGGUUAGCUCCAAAAGAAAAACUGGGCAUCCCAGUGUUAUUCAUGCCAGAUACAAUGAUAAUCUAUGAGGCUGUGAUGGUAAUUCAUGUAAUGAGGGAAAAUGGUGAGAACUGGCCUUAUGAGGAUUCUGCUGAAUUAAAUAAAGACUUAAAGAGCGUUACUAGAUCAGAGGAUGGGGGUAUUCAGGGAAUACUCUGGACCUAUCCAAUUCGUGGAAUACCUGAAGCGCCACAUCAGAAAUUAGUGCCAGCUGUGGUAUGUUGUCAAGCCAGGGAGAGAGUAGAAAAAAAAGUGGAAGUGCUGCUAACUGGUGUCAUUCCUGGUGCAACUGCCAUAUCUACCACAAGAAAUUCUGAAAAGGUCAAUGGAAAUAAACCAUCCAACAUGCAAGAAGUUGCUCAAUUCACUGAUGGUUUCUCUGCAGCAGCGGAAUUUCAGUAUGAAUUACAGUAUCAAUCAAAUGAAAUUAAAUCUCAGCUUGAACCUUUAGUUGGUCUGCAUCUGAUUCAAAGGGAACAGGAUACAGAAUCUGGAAUUAUAACACUGAUCUUUAAUAUAGUAUUUGCACCUAACAAACCAAUGAGGAAUGAAGGAACUUUAGUAGUACAGUGCACUACAAGAGGUAUCUGGAAGUUUCCAUUGCUGUUUAUUGCUACAGAGCCAGAAGUGGAUGAUGUCAUCAACAUUGAAGCAAUUGGCCUAAAUAAGGAAUCUAUUGUUGACUUUAAGCUUACAAGCCAAACAAGGUACCCUGAGCCAUUCACAGCAUACUUCCUGGCAGGCAGUGAUCCUGACUUUGUUGUACUGCCUCAAGCUGGAGAACUUCUUCCAGUGGGCACUGUUGGAACUCAUAUAACAGUGGGAUUCAAGCCAAGAAUGUAUGGCAAGAAGCAUAAAGCAGUACUUGUAAUUCAGACACAGUCAAUGCAGUGGACAUAUGAAAUCAAUGGACUGCUUCCACGGACUGCACCACCUACAAGCCCAGCAAAAGUCGUUUCUACCAACAGCUACAUAAGAUCAGUCACAGUUCGACAGCGCAACUUUUUACGUGAGAAUCUGAAGCUUGUAACCACGGGGGUAUCCUCACCUAUCAAAGGGGCACCUUUAACCCUGAGAAAAAAAUAGAGAAAGUUGAGCUGUGAUUUUUCUUUUGCUUCUUUUUUCAUUUUAUGGGGGAGGAGGGGAAUGAAGUAGAUGCCUUUGUCAAAUAAACAUCCAUCAGUGACUUUAUACGGGUGUUCAGGCUUUCUUUGCUCUUAAUGUACUGUUAGAUCUAUGCUGUCACGCCUUAUAAGAUCACUGGAUGGAUAACACCUACCUUCUUUUUUCACUGGAAUUGUUUUUGCUGACUUCACUAACAGAAUGUAAAUUUUAUUUGUGCCUUUAUUUUGAUGGUGGAGUGUACUUCAAUAACAAAAAAACCCAACGGCUUGGCACAGAGUAAGUGCUUUCUUGGCACAAAUACAGAAUGAUCAUCACUGCUCAGGAAUGGGGAGCCUGAGAAUAACCUAUGCAGGUUGGUGUGAAUGAGUUACCAAUAAAACCAUUUUACCGUGUGCUUGAGGAUUUUGUUUUUGCCACACAUUUUAGAGAAGCUAUUAGAGAAAAUGUUGGGAACAUAUAAAACAGUGAUGGCACUCUUUAAUCUCCCAUUUUAAAUGCAGUGUGCCCUGUUUUGAUCAGAAACCAGAUAAUCUCAAGUAAGAAUAAAAUUUCCCUUUCAAAUACAGUACGCAACACAGGAAAGGCAUUGCCAAUAAUGAUAUCUGGUAUGUUUCUAAGAAAGAAUAAGAAAAUCUUACAUUUCAGUUAUAUUCUACUGGGAACACAAAUAUAGCUAGAUUUCUUAGGAAUGCUCUAUCUGCAUAUGUAAUUGAAGGAAGUGUUCCUAUAACUGUAAGAAAUCAGAAUUUACAGUUCAGGAAUAUGCAAUGGUUUCACAACUGAUUUUGGUAUUCAGGAAGAAUUUCAGUGACAGUUUUUCUUUGUCAAAGCUUUGUUUUCCUGGUUUUGCUUUCAAAUGGUUUUACUUUCCCAUUUAAAAUGAUGCCUGUUUGCAGUACACUCAAAUGAGAUGGAUUAGCAGGUGGUAUAUAAAUCAAUCACUCAACAGUUAAGUGUUGCUCACUUCAGAAAUUUUAUUUCACAAUUAGCUUGCCCACAUCUGCUAUUGCAUGUAGUAGAUUUUCAAAUUUGGUCAUACAUUCCAAGGUUAAAAAAUACAUAGAAAAAUGUUGAUCUGAUUACAUCUGGAAUGCAUUUUCAAAGGAGAAGUUUAAUCAUAUUGUCUAUCUCAAGAAGGAAACAUCAUCUGUUACUUCUGAACCAGUUUCCAGUAUAUACAAGACCACUUGGGAUUUAUGCAAGAUAUGUCAUCUGCAUCUGUACCUUUUUAAAAUAAAUGAAUUACAUCUUCUUAUUUUUCAGAGUUUGAACUGAAAAUAUUUUUUCAGGUAUCAUGAACAUACCUGCAAAGGUGAUUUGAAUAGGGACCAUUAUACCUGUGUGCUUCUAACUUCUUAAUAUGUUUUACAUAUUCUCCUCAUACUUUUAUGGAUUCCACUGACUAUAUAUA